UACAGAAACAGGUACUGCCAUCACACCACCAUUUGAGCAAAAGGCUCUUUAAAGGGGCUGUCCUGUCCAGCCUUCCCAGCUGGGCUACUGGCCAGCUACCAUGCUUGCCCACCACUUCUUUUUAACCUAGAGACAGAAAUCUUCCUCGGCAUCUCACUCACUCAUGACCCCAAGACCAUUUUGAUCCAUCGAUCGCUGCCACACCCACACCACACUUGCAUGGUGGAUCUUGUUAUAUGCGUGCAUGGAGGGGAGUAGCCAGUUGGAGACGACCUGCCUUCCUAGCCUCUACGCGCCCAGUCCAUGCGCCCCUCUUCCUUCUCUUCCUCCUUCGCUGCCCAACCAACAAAAGUUUCUGCAGAUGCCGCUGGUCCAGGAACAGGCCGGGAACCAUGGCGUGAUGAUGCUCUCUUCGGACCACUACGGCGGCCUGUACCCGCUGCUUCUUCCCGGGAUCCCGUUCUGCCCCUCCGCCCCCGCCGCCGCCUGCGAGAAGCCACCUGGUUUCGCGGCGCUCGACGCCGGCCAGGCGGGCACGUCGGCGGUGAAAGCCAGAGGCGAGAUCGGUAGUACCACCACCACCACCACUUGCCACGGCCCAAGUUCAUGGUGGAAGGGGCCGGCGGCGGCGGCGGAGAAAGGGAGAUUGAAGGUAAGGAGGAAGAUGAGGGAGCCGAGGUUCUGCUUCCAGACCAGGAGCGACGUGGAUGUGCUGGACGACGGCUACAAGUGGAGGAAGUACGGCCAGAAGGUCGUCAAGAACAGCCUUCAUCCAAGAAGCUACUACCGGUGCACCCACAGCAACUGCCGCGUGAAGAAGCGUGUGGAGCGGCUGUCGGAGGACCGCCGCAUGGUGAUCACCACUUACGAAGGCCGCCACACCCACUCCCCCUGCAGCGACGACGCCGACGCCGACGCCGCUGGCGACCACACCGGCAGCUGCGCCUUCACCUCGCUCUAGAUCGACGCGUGCAUGCAAAGCUUAAACUAGCUACCGCACAAUAUACUUACUGCACGCAAUGCAUGGAUCGAUCAAGCUGUGUAGUGCCCUGAGAGCCUGAUGCAAUCUAAUGAAUACACUAGACAACUAAAAUAUUCCGUAGUGGCUGUGUAGCGCCCUGAGCCUGAUGAAUCUGAAGCUAGCAAUGCUGUAAAAUGGACGACGACGCCCGUCAUGCACAUUUGUAGAAAGCAGCCGAUUAAUCAGUAGCUGCAGGGUCGAUCCAAUUCUAUGCGUGACACAUAGCUACAUGCAUGCAUGGUACAUCUGAACAUCUGAUACUGUUAGAACGUUACGCGUGCCGGCUUAAAGCCAUGGACAUGGCUGCCAUGCAUGUAAGGCACAGAACGCGAGGCCGCCUUGCUGCUGUGGGCGGUACAAACAUUUGUAUUUGGCCUGCUAGUUAAUUGUAGCCUCCAGAAACCUGACGAACCA